GGUGGCCAUGAAUGUAUUGUAACGUGAGUUGAAAUCUUUUUGAAAAUGUUUCAAUACUUUUGACGCUUCUCACUUUUAAAUAUUAAAACUAGUCUUUUAAACAAUACUUUUCUUAAGAUCUUAGAUCCAUUUAUUCUUUAAUUGCGUUAAAGUAGAUUGUUCAUUUCGUUUAUCGUUUCUUCCUUAAUUUUUUUUUUUGGAAAAGAGUGGCUUACACUUGUUAUUGGAAGCUCUUAAGUAUUGUUACUCUUUGAGUAUGGACCCAUCAUCUGGCAUCUACUCUCAACCCCCUUAUUUACAGUCCCAUUUACCUAUCACGAAUGUUAACGCUCCGAAAUACCCUUUUUCUAAUUUACCACAAGAUGUCAUACAACCACCUUCCGCGUUCACGAAACCUAUGAUGCAAGUUAACGGUGGUUUCGCUCAACAGCACUAUCCUUUGAAUAAUUUCUAUCCUUGGAAGGUUCCGACGCCUCAAAAUUUGCCUAAAAAAGCUCCAACUCUGAACGAGCAUACUUUAUCUUCACAUCAAAUACUGACACAUUUAUCGAAUGAUAUUACCUUAAAGUCCAUUCAAAACACUCUAAGUCUUCUUCUUCAUGCUCGUAUCACUAAGGAAAAUUGCAAACAAUUGCAAAGAAACAAGUCAGACGAUAAAGUUAACGAUACGUUUUUGAAUGAAGCUAAUAAAUCAUCACUUAAAACAAUGAAUGAAACGUUUCAAAUCUCGGUAGCUAACGAAACAGGUGAUGCACCCGCUUCCUCACAAAAGUUUCACUAUGAACUCCGCAAACAAGAAUUUAACGACAUUUUCUUCUUCUGUCGCAACAAUCAUGUGUUUCCUUCGUCAACAUCAAACGCAAAGUCUCCUGAAAUGAGGGGAACAUAUUGUGAUCAACUCACAUCUCUACUGUCUUCAACAGUACCUUUACCCUUUUCUUUUAAAUGGCCAGGUGUCUCUCAAAAUGAACACUGCCAAUGGUUAUUAGGCUCAGCACUUUGUCGACGCUUAAAAAAAAGUCGUCUUGCACGUCACACCGGCUAUUUACCACCAGAUCAACCAAACGAUUAUUUCUUUUCAAAAAUUGAAGAAGAAAAAAAAGCAUGGGAAGAAUUUAAUACAUUAAGUACUACAUUAAAUGAACAAAGUUCACUUACCAUAACAACGUUUGAUUGGAUCGCAACUUGUUAUACACAUUUAGAUUUAAUGAAGAAAUACCUUAAUAGUGCCUCAUACUCGGCCAUUCACUCUUCUGCGAAAUUCGAUAAAGAUGAUCCAUGUCUUAUUCCUUCCUUUUUAUAUUUACCACAAGAUGCGUCCGAUUUACAACAACAUCACUCGAAUACACAACCGUUUAAUCGUGAAUCAAACAAAAUCAUUCAUCAAAGUGGAAGUGAGCAACCAGAUGACAUUUCAUGUGAUUCCUUAACAACCGACACUACAAAAAAAACAUGCACCAGUUCUAACAAAAAUCAUUUUAUAAACCCUUUAAAUUAUUGUUCGGAUGGUUUCGAAGAUUUUUUUCCCUUGUCGAAAGCAUCCACUGUACAAGAGACUCCUUGGGAUAUUGAAGAAAUGGCUUUAGGAGCUCUUUGGGAUGAAUCCGUUUUAGAAUCUUUUUUGAAAGGUACCUCGGAUUCCACUCACAACAGUCCUAGCAUGUUUUGGGGUGAAUACCAAACAGUUAAUGGAUACUUGGCAACACAAAGGUUUUUCUUCCUGUCGACAAGUGAACAUCUUCUUAUUUGCUUUUAUGGAAUGAUAUAUGAUUGUAGAUAUCAUCAACUGAAGAAUCCAAGUACAUGGCAACGAGGAGACAAAGCUGAAAUGACGGAAUCUUUUGAAUUAUUGGACCGUGCGGCAUCCAACGAGAUUCAUUUACAACGCUGCCUUUUACGCUCCCUUUCUGCGUACAAAAUUGAAAAUCGUAUAGAGAAAGCUUUAGCUUUCGCAGGUUUUAUCAUGGAUAUUAAUGAUAAAGAGAUGUUUUUUUGUAAAACGUUCACACGUUCACCCGAAAUGUUAUUACAAACUCCCACUUGUUACAAAAACAAACAGUAUUUAGUCAAUUCGGACACGGAUGAUACUAGUAAUGGUUCAAGUGAUCAAGAAACCGUUUCAGUUUCCUCGGGUCUUUUAUCAAAUAUCGUUGAUGAAGACUACGGUUUUACACUUAAUGGAGUUUCAGGAAUCAAUUUAGGAACUACGGGGCGGGAAUUUUUUUCAACUGAUCGUAAAAUCCCAGAUAAAAAGCUUCAACUAAAAAAAAGAAGUCAAGAAAAAGAAAGACGUAUACGUUUGGCUCUUUUGGGAUUAGCUCCUCAUGUUGCUCGAAAUAUUGAUGACACACCUAACAAAUCGAAACAUAUUGAUAAAGCAUUGAAUGGCACGAAUUCACCUACUGCUUCUCAACAAGCAAAACCAAGCAAUGCUAUUAAAGACUAUCGCGAACUUCGCCAACGUUAUCGUUCCUUGUUUAGUAUCAAUCGUUUACAAAUGACACUGAAUUAUAAUCUAGCUGCACAUGACCGUAAGCGCUUUUUUGGUUAA